AUGUUUCAAUUUUCAAUAGCUCAGAAUGAACGAACACAUUAUGGUUUUUGUAAUGCAGUUGGUGCAACACUUUGUGUCGAAAAUAAUCUAAACGAAAUAGUAACAGGUGCCAAUAUUAUCAUUGAUACACUUGUUGAAAUUGAAAAACAAAUUAUGGCUACCGAAAAAUCAAGUAACGUAUUCAAAGGACACAUUGAAGAAGUAAAGAAACAAAUUACUGCUCGUCUACCUACGCAUCAUUAUUCAAAUCGAUUCAUUAAUCAGAAUAAUAUUAAUCAAACUGAGUUAAUCCAUUUACUUGAAGAAAAUCAUAAUGCCAUGAUUUUCUAUUAUUAUUCAAUCAAAAAUAUUCUCAAUCUUGAUCAUUUAUUUCGAUAUAAGAUUACGGAUUUAUUGAGAGCGAUUCUCUUAAUCUUGAAAGAUGAUGUCAUCUGUAAUUAUCAACUUGUGUUGCGUAUUUAUUCAAAUAAUCAGUUUUUUUCUUAUCAAAUCGAUCAAGAUCCAUUCAAAGAAAUCUCAUUGGUAACAGCACCAUCGGUCUUGCAUAAUGUUUAUUCAAUAAUCAUUUCACGAGAAUUGAAACAUUGGAUGAGCCGAACCGAAACCCUUAUCAAGAGUCUCAAAUGGAAAUUCUUUUAA